AGCCAUGAGGAUUGUUAUCUAAUGAAUGCAGAGGAAACAAUCAAUUAUAAUAAUAUGCUACUAGCACCAACAAACUCUAUAAUUGUCUGUCCCCCCUCCCCCUUCGGAAAUAAACUAUUCCCGCCUCUCUCCUUAAUCCACAGUUAUAUGGAAGCACCAUGCCUGGAGCUCCCACUACAACAAACCAUUCUUAGUAAUGGGCUUUUCAUUUUAUCUGCUCCUCCUUUUUGUUGACUUGGCUUUAUGUUCCUCAUGGCUUCAAGGACGAACGCUUCCCCAUAUGACUUCAGAUGUCAAUGAAGUCUCAGGCAAGUCCUUCGAUUACAUUGUAGUUGGAGGAGGCACCGCUGGCUGUCCUCUAGCUGCAACCCUCUCUGAGAAAUUCUCAGUGCUCUUGGUGGAACGAGGUAGCUCACCAUAUGGAAAUCCCUUGGUGUUGGAAACAAAGAACUAUGGGCUCUCAUUGCUUCAAACUGAUAAAUAUACAUCAGUUGCACAGAGCUUUAUCUCCAAUGACGGUGUUCCCAAUCUCAGAGGAAGAGUUCUAGGAGGAUCAUCUGCUAUAAAUGGUGGGUUUUAUAGUAGAGCAAGUGAGGAUUUUGUCCAAAAAGUUGGGUGGGAUAAGGAGGUGGUAAUGGGUGCUUAUCAAUGGGUGGAAUCGAGAAUUGUCUCUAAACCUGAAUUGACCCCAUGGCAGUAUGUUGCUGAGUUUAGCUUUCUUGAAGCAGGAAUUUUCCCAUAUAAUGGUUUUAGUUUGGAGCAUAUUGAGGGAACAAAGGUUGGUGGGAGUGUAUUUGAUGGAUGGGGAAGAAGACACACCUCAGCUGAUCUUCUAGACGCAGGGAAUCCAAACAACAUCACAGUUCUUUUAAAUGCAACUGUGAAGAAUGUCAUCUUUCGAGAAAAAGGUAACAGAAAUGAGACAACAGCUAGAGGCAUAAGAUUCAUCAAGAGCAACGGCAAUUCGAGCCAAACUUACGAUGCUUACCUCAACCAGCCAGAGAACUCAUGUUCAUGGGGUGAUGUGAUACUAGCAGCAGGGGCCUUAGGCAGCCCUCAGAUUUUAUUGUUAAGUGGCAUUGGCCCUCAGAAACAUCUAAAGAAGUUCAAUAUUCAACUAGCAGCCGACUUAAAAGGGGUUGGAAAAGGAAUGAAAGACAAUCCUGGCAUUGCACUCUUAGCUGACUCUAAGCCCAAAAAUUUCCCACCAGAACCUCCAAAAGUUGUCGGCAUAGCAGAUCACUUCAAAAUCAUAAUUGAGGCAGGAAUUUUACCUAUUAGCCUCAAUGCAACAGUAAUGCCAAUUGCUGCCAAACUUGCGUUUCCAGAAUCAGAAGGAAAGCUAGAACUGAACAGCACAGACCCCAGAGAAAACCCAUCAGUGACUUUUAACUAUCUAUCAAAGGAAAAGGAUUGGGCAAGAUGUGUAAAGCUGGGGCAGUUGCUUGAGCGGGUUGUAAGGUCUGAAUCAAUUGCUUUCUUCCUGGGGUUGGAACGCAAAAAUGAGUUGAUGUCUACUGAAGAUGAGCUAAGAAAAUUGUGCAAGAAGAAUGUGAGGACCUUCUACCACUAUCAUGGUGGUUGCUCUGUGGGGUCAGUGGUUGACAAAGAUUACAGGGUAUAUGGUGUUACGGGGUUGAGAGUAGUUGAUGGGUCGACCUUCCUGGAAUCACCAGGCACAAAUCCAAUGGCCACUCUGUUGAUGCUUGGAAGGUACCAAGGGAUCAAAAUUCUUGAAGAUAGAAAUUAAUUAUGCUUAAAACCCAUCAUAUCCCAGAAUUUCAUCAACUUGUAUUAGCCAAUUACCAUGUACAUAUUUGAAUAAAAAGUUUUCAGUUUUUUUUGGAUUGAAAUUCACUCAAACAACAGAAAAAAUAAUCCUUAUUGGAAAAAUAAAGAAUUGUGUGAACACUUGAGAUCAACUCCAAAUUCGAAAUUCUGCAAAGCAUUUAGAUCUGUGCAUCACCAACUCACUUUGAUAUUCCUCCUUACCAUCGUAUCAUGAUAAAAGUUGAAAAAGGAGGCAAAAGAAAUUUGAAAUACUAUUUCACCGGAUGAAACUUAAAGCUCCGAGCCUGUACAAAUCACUUCCUAGUUCCUUCCUACAAAUUUCUAAGAACAGAAGAAAUCUUAAAUUUUUUGUUUUCUAACUCUGCAUAUCAUCAUGAUCAGCUGCUGGGCUUGAAAAUGAAUCACUGGCAUUAAAAUCACCUGAAGGUGUUUGCUCAGAAUCCUCACUUGCUCUCGUGCUAUCUUGGACAUAAAAGCUAACCCUAAUCUCUCCCUCGACCCUCCUCUCUCUGUCCGCGCCAUCGCUCUUCUUCCCCGGCUCUUCCUCAUCAACAGGCAUGUUAUACCGACAAACCGGGCAAGACCCAUGAAUCUUCAACCACUUCUCUAUACAACCACCGUGAAACCUAUGCUUGCAAGGCAUCUCUUUGGCCACACCAUCAAUCUCAAACUGCUCCAAGCAGAUCACACACUCGGACCCACCAUCACCUUCAACAAUCUUUACACAGGGCAUGGCAUCAAUGGAGGCUUUCGAGGCCGGUGGCUGGCCAUCCUUCAUACCCAACUCUUGCAAAGAAUCGCCUUCGACCACCAUCAUGGUCUGAGCGAAGGGGUUGAUGAAGAUGAGUCUUUCACGCGGGGUCGGCCUUCCGGGGUUUUCUUGAUCUGGGUUUUCCGGGUCAGUUCUCGGGGUGGCGCUUGCCAGGCCCAAGAUGAAGGGCACGAACAGAGACAGGUCUCUCUCCCUCACAAUCCUUUCAAGAAACGAAGCAAUCUCAGACGCCUCUGCUUCAGAAGCCAUGGUACUUUCUGCUAAUUUGUGAUCAAUAACAAAGAAAGAGAGAAUUUUGAGGAGAAUAAGAGAGGGAUUUGGAGAAGCUAAAGAAUCACAAAGAA